AGCCACCAGCGUCGACCACUUGUCUCAUCUUUUACUGCCACCGCUGUCACAAAGGCCUCUUUGCUAUUUGAUUGUGCGACAUCGUCCACGUACUCGCCAAUAUGGCUAUGAACGCCCCAAUGCAGCCCAAUUAUCCUCGUGGCUACCCUCAGACCGCGCAGCGCUCACCCGCCACACCUCGUCGCGGAGGUCCUGUACCAGGUCCAGGUAUGCCUAUGCCUCAUCAACAAAUGGCUCAUCCCCAGUACAUGGCUGCCGCUGCCGCCGCAGCAGCUCACCAACGCAACGUACCUCCUGUUAACGACGCCCAGAUAAGACGUAGCCGGAAACCUACCGAUAAAAACAUGCCAGAUGGUGUCGAAGAUUAUGUCAUUGGCGAUGGAGUGCAAGAGUACAAGAAGCUACGAGACUUAGAGAAACGAUUGGAUUCAUCCAUGGUUAGGAAGAGGUUGGACAUUCAAGAUUCGCUGGGGCGAGCAGUCAAGCGUUACAAAACUCUACGUGUCUGGAUCUCGAAUACGGCUGAGGGCCAGGUAUGGCAGAAGGGCGAACAGAAUGGGAACGGUGGACCAGGAUCGGGACGGUACAAAGUGCGAAUUGAAGGGAGGCUUUUGGACGAUGAUAGUAUCGAUGUAACUGUCCCGAGGGAGGACAGUGAUGACGAAGAGGAAAAAGAGGUUGCGGGAGGUGAUGGUGAUGACGCGGAAAAGUCGAAAUCGAAAACGCCACAACGCUCACGACAGAAACUGUCGCAUUUCUUCAAAUCUAUUACAAUCGAUUUCGACAGGACGCACAAUGCAAAGUCGGAAGAUUUGGCUCCCAUCACAUGGACCAAACCACAGAUUCCACCGACCGCUGUAUCUUUACCGCCUACUGCUGACUUUGAUACCCUACAAUUUUCCCGCGCUGCUCAGGAGAAUGUGAAUAUCACCUUGACUCUCGUCCGAGACGAGACACCUGAGCGGUUCAAAGUUAGUAAGGAAUUGCAGGAAAUUAUUGAUGUUGAAGAGGAUACAAAGAGUGGUAUUCUGCUUGGUAUUUGGGAUUAUAUCCGUACCAUGAAGCUUCAAGAAGAUCAAGAAAAACGCCAGAUCCACUGUGAUGCGAGACUGAGAAUGAUUUUCGGCCGCGAUGCCGUGUUUUUCCCUCAAAUCCCCGAUGCCAUCGCGGCUCAUACUGCACCUCUCGAUCCUAUCAAGCUUCCCUAUACGAUUCGCGUGGAUCAAGAAUAUCACAACGACCCAACGCCCACAGUCUAUGAUAUCCGCGUCGCGGUCGACGACCCACUCUACCAAAAGAUGGUCGCGCUUACCACCAACCCACAAUACGGCGCUACACUUCGUCAAAUCGGCAACCUCGACGACCAACUAGCCCUCAUCAUCCAAGCUAUCCAGCACUCCAAGGCACGCCAUUCAUUCUAUACUGCCCUCAGCCGAGAUCCCGCGAACUUCCUUCGUCGCUGGCUCAGUUCCCAGCGUCGGGAUCUCGAGACUAUUCUCGGAGAAGCUGUUCGUGGUGGCGGGGAGGAUGGUGCUGGUCCGGAGUUCAGACGUGGUGGUGCGAAUAGUGCUUGGAAUGCUCCUGUGGCUAGGGAAGCGGUUCGUUACAUGCUUGCUCGACCGGAGAAUAAUAAUAUGUAUCGAUAGGCUGGGUAAGGUUGUGGGUUUCGGUGGUUUCAUUUUACUGUUAUUGUAUUGCAAAACAACUGUUCUUCUGAUAUGGCUAGGUAGUUUGGGCGCAUGAUGUCUAUGGUUUUUACUUUUUCUAUUCGUGUCUUGAGAUA